GCGUCGCUCGCGACGCGACUUCCUCCACAACACCACCAUGUCUGGCUUCGACGCGAACCGGGUCUAUUCAGUCUCUGUACACGAUCAGCCCCCUGUUACCUCUCCGGAUUCUCCCGCUGAGACAGAGAAACUCUUGCUCGACUUCUUACUACAAUAUCGUGUUGGCGGAGAGUUCAUCUACAGGGACAAGCUUCGGGGAAAUCUUCUUCUCAAACAUUAUCAGUUAGAAGUCGACCUCCGACAUGUUGGGUUGUACAAUGAUGAACUUGCACACGCAAUACAAGACAGACCUUCAGAUGUAUUGCCCCUGUUUGAGACCGCUGCUACCACCGCGGCCCGAACCAUUCUCUUUCCGCUUGCCAGUGGUUCCGACGAUGUGGCCGAGCUGGCGCAGUCAAUACCUAAAAUCCAGGUCGCAAUCAAGUCUGGGCUCAACUUGCAACAGUUCCGGGAACUGACCGCGAACACCAUGAGCAAACUGGUUCGUGUUCCUGGUAUUGUCAUAUCUGCCUCAGUCCUCUCUUCCCGCGCGACGAAGCUCCAUCUUCAAUGUCGUGCCUGCCGUUCGACCAAAAUCAUCUACCCUCCAAGCGGUUUGGGUGGUUUGGGUGGUGGUUCUGACAAGGGGCUACCUCGGGUCUGCGAUGCGCCAGAACUCCCGAAUCAGAAGAAGGAUUGUCCUCUCGACCCUUACAUUAUCGUCCACUCGAAAUCAACAUUCUCCGAUCAUCAAAUUCUAAAACUUCAAGAGGCUCCGGACAUGGUUCCCGUUGGCGAAUUGCCGAGGCACAUGCUCCUAUCGGCGGAUAGGUACUUGACAGGGAAGGCCGUGCCGGGGUCCAGGAUAGUAGCCACUGGUAUCUAUUCAACAUUCCAGUCAGCUAAGAACAAAGGGUCAAGUAGCUCCGCUCUCAGGACUCCAUAUCUACGGCUAGUUCACCUUGAACUCUCUUCCGCUACAGGCGCGGCGGGCGGAUCGAACCCUUUCGGGGUUCAAUUCUCGCCUGAAGAAGAGGAAGAAUUCGGAGAGAUGGCACGAAGUGAAGGAUUUUAUGAGCGGUUUGCGAGAAGUGUCGGCCCCAGUAUUUAUGGCAGUCUGGACAUCAAGAAGGCUAUCACGUGCCUACUAUUCGGAGGCUCGAAGAAAGUCCUACCAGACGGCAUGCGAUUACGAGGAGACAUAAAUGUUCUACUGCUCGGAGACCCGGGGACUGCGAAAAGUCAGUUGCUGAAAUUCGUGGAAAAGGUUGCACCGAUUGCAGUGUAUACUUCGGGCAAAGGAUCCAGUGCAGCCGGCUUGACAGCAUCCGUACAGAGGGAUUCCGUCUCGAGGGAGUUCUAUCUUGAGGGUGGCGCGAUGGUCCUUGCCGAUGCCGGUGUAGUAUGCAUUGAUGAAUUUGACAAGAUGCGUGAUGAAGAUCGAGUGGCCAUACAUGAGGCGAUGGAACAACAAACCAUCUCCAUCGCCAAGGCAGGUAUCACAACUGUACUGAAUUCACGUACCAGUGUUCUGGCAGCUGCAAACCCUGUCUGGGGCCGGUAUGAUGAGGGUCGAAGUCCGGGUGAGAACAUAGACUUUCAAACCACCAUCCUUUCACGUUUCGACAUGAUUUUCAUCGUCAAGGAUGAACAUAACGAACAAAGAGACAGAAUGAUCGCAAAACAUGUCAUGAACAUUCAUAUGAAUAGGCCGAACCAGGCGGCUGACGAAAAUGGGGAGGCAGUGGGUGAGAUUGAUAUCGACAAGAUGAAAAGAUACAUCGCGUACUGCAAGGCUAAAUGUGCCCCUCGGCUGUCCGCGGAAGCACAAGAGAAAUUGAGCAGUCACUUCGUGGAUCUACGCAAACAAGUACAGCAGGUCGAGAGAGAUAACGAUGAGCGCAGCUCCAUACCUAUAACAGUUCGUCAACUGGAAGCCAUAAUCCGGAUAUCGGAAUCCCUCGCGAAAAUGACUUUGUCACCAGUGGUCAAGAAUCACCACGUCGAUGAGGCAAUUCGACUGUUCAAAUUCUCUACGAUGGAUGCUGUUUCUGCUGGAUCAGUGGAAGGCCUGUCCCGAGGAGCAUUGCAUGAUGAGAUGAACCAGAUUGAGAAAGAACUGCGACGGAGGCUCCCAGUCGGAUGGAGCACGAGUUACCAAAGCUUGGUGAAAGAAUUCGUCACGCAACAAGGAUUUUCAAGCCAUGCGCUUGAGCGGACGUUGUUCGUAUUAGAGAAGAGGGAAAUAAUCAGGUUCUCGGGACAAAAGAAGGUUGUUCAUCGGGUUGGAGUGUGAGUUUACUCGUAGAUUGCUUUGUAUUGCUGUGUUUUCUCGUAUUUCGGAGCUGCUGUAUCAUUAGGUUC